AAAUACAUUGCGGCUACAUCCGGGAUUUUCGGCCUCAGAAAGCUGGCGGCGUUUUCGUGCUGCGGAGAAUGAACAAAGCGUAAUUAUAACAACGUGACUGUUUUAAACAGAGUUGUUGAUUAAAAAUGGCUGACAGUGAUGAUGAAUAUGAUCGCAGGCGUAGGGACAAAUUUCGGCGUGAGAGAAGUGACUAUGACCGGUCCAGGGAACGUGAGGACCGCCGCAGGGAUGACUGGAAUGACAGAGAGUGGGACCGUAGUCGUGAGAGACGCAGCAGAGGAGAAUACCGGGAUUAUGACCGUGGACGCCGUGAAAGGUUUUCCCCUCCUCGUCAUGAGCUGAGUCCUCCCCAGAAGCGUUUAAGGAGAGACUGGGAUGACCAUGGUGGUGACCCCUACCAUGGUGGAUAUGACAUGCCUUAUGGGGGAGCUGGAGGUCCUAGUUAUGGCCCACCCCAACCUUGGGGACAUCCUGAUAUGCACCUAAUGCAGCAGCCACACAGCAUACCUAUCCAAGCCAGACUUGGAAGUUUGCAUGACUUGGACCUUGGCCCACCUCCACCUGUUAUGAAGUCUUUUAAAGAGUUUUUACUUUCACUUGAGGACUCUGUUGAUGAGACUGAAGCUGUCAAGCGUUACAAUGAGUAUAAACUGGAAUUUCGACGGCAGCAAAUGCAGGAUUUCUUUUUGGCCCAUAAAGAUGAAGAGUGGUUUCGUUCUAAGUAUCAUCCAGAUGAAGUGGGCAAGAGGAAGACAGAGUCCCACAGUGCACUGAGAAACAGACUAAGUGUAUAUCUUUAUCUGAUGGAGAAUGGUUGGUUUGAAAACAUUUCCUUGGACAUUGACAAAGCAACUGGCAUUUUAAAAGUUUUGGAUGCUGCUGUGAUAAAGAUGGAAGGUGGGACAGACCAUGAUCUGCGCAUCCUUGAGCAGCAAACUGAAGAAGAGGAAGAUAAACAGGAGAAGGUGAGCUCAGCUGUAACAGACUCUCAGAAGAAAGAGGAACAGAAAGGGGUUGAUGGUGACCGAAAGCCUGUUGAGAAGGAGGAUAAGAAAGAGGAAAAGGGGGAAAGUGGUGGAGAAGAGACCGAAGAAAAACCUAAAAAAGCAUCAGACAGUGAAGAAAAAGCCUCGCCCAAAGAGGAAACUGAAACUAAAAAGGUUAGCAAGAAGAGGAAGAGAAAGCAUAGUGGUGAUGAUAGCUAUGACGAAGAUGACGGCAGUGCCUCAGAGUCAGAGUCUGAAUCUGAAAGUGAGAAGCCAGCAGAGGAGGAAAAGGAAGAGGAGGAGGAGGAAGAAGAAGAAGGAGAAACAAAUGCGCCUAUAGCUGCUGAAUCAAAAGAGAGAAAAGAAGAGGAGAAGCCAAAAGAGAAAGUGAAAGACAAAGAAUCCGAGCCACUGCCGCGUCCUCUACAUAAGACUUGUUCAAUAUUCAUCAGAAGCAUUGCACCCACCAUCUCCAAGGCAGAGUUUGUCUCACUCUGCCGUCGCUUUCCUGGAUUCAUGAGAGUUGCUCUUUCAGAUCCUCAACCAGAGCGAAGGUUUUUCCGAAGAGCUUGGGUAACAUUCAAGCGCAAUGUCAGCAUCAAAGAAAUCUGCUGGAAUCUACAGAAUAUACGAUUAAGAGACUGCGAGCUAAGCCCAGUUGUGAACAGAGAUCUGAUCAGAAGAGUCCGUCAUGUUAAUGGGAUCACCUUGCAUAAGCAGAUACUGCGCAAUGAUAUAAAACUUUCAGCAAAACUGAUCCAUUCACUAGACGACCGUGAACAGCUGUGGAGGUCUGAUGAAGAGAAGAGUGAUGGGGGAGCAAUAGAGCUUCCAGCACAAAACCCUAUCCUAAAAAAUAUCACCGACUAUUUGAUAGAGGAAGUAAGUGCUGAAGAAGAAGAGUUACUGGGCAGUAGUGAGGAUCAGGCUGAGGAUGGUGUGAAAGAGGGAAACCCUACUGAAGUGACUGUUGAGCGAGAUGAAAAACUCAUCAAGGUACUGGACAGGCUUCUUCUAUAUCUGCGCAUCGUCCACUCAAUUGAUUACUACAACACAUGUGAAUAUACUGGUGAAGAUGAAAUGCCCAAUCGCUGUGGUAUUAUUCAUGUGAGAGGACCUGUCCCACCAAAUAGAAUCAGUCAUGGAGAAGUUGCUGAAUGGCAGAAAACAUUUGAGGAGAAGCUGUCAACUUUGUUUAGUGUUAAAGAGACUCUCUCAGAAGAAGAGGCUGUAAAAAUGGGCAAAAAGGACCCAGAACAGGAAGUCGAGAAAUUUAUUACAGCUAACACUCAGGAGCUAGGAAAAGACAAAUGGCUCUGCCCCCUCAGUGGCAAGAAGUUCAAGGGUCCAGAGUUUGUUCGUAAGCAUAUAUUCAACAAGCAUGGUGAAAAAAUUGAGGAGGUGAAGAAAGAAGUGCUGUUUUUUAACAAUUUCCUUAUGGAUGCCAAGCGUCCUGCUCUACCUGAAAUCAAACCGCCACCUCCACCAGGACCUGGCCAGGCAGUCCUUAGUCCAGGAAUGCCGUACCCUCACCCAGCUCCACAGGGCCUAAUGGGAUAUGCUCAACCACGACCACCAGUCUUAGGAUAUGGAGGGGGACCUCCAUAUCCUCCAAAUCAAUAUGGUGGAGGUAGAGGAAAUUACGAUAAUUUCAGAGGGCAGGGUGGUUACCCAGGAAAGCCAAGGAACAGUUUUCUGUCAUAGAGACAACAAUCAAAUCUAGAAUCGAAGAUGUCUCCGCUUACUACUAGAUUACUCUGCCAUCUUAUCCAAAAUUUCCAAUGCUGAACUUUGUGGUUUCAGAGGACAUUCAAUGAUAUGUAAUGAUUUAGUAUUAAUAUUUCAGGUAUUUUUAGUAUGCACUUUAAUUUGAUAAUUUCAUCAGAUGGGACUGAGGCAUUUUUCAGUUUAAAGUUUUUCUUCUAAGAAUUGAGUUUGGGCAGGAGCUUUGUGGUCCUACAGUUUUGCCAUUGCAAGUAACAUAUUUGUAUGUAAAUGAAGGAAACACUGUCAAAUCACACUUUCAGAUGUUUGCUUUGUUAUUUAUUCUACCUUUUCUCAUUGUACAGCCUGGUAUGUACUUGUGUUUUUCGUGUUUGUCAAUAAAAAUCAAUUUAUAGUGCAGCAUGUAGACCAAUAAAGCAUCAUGAAUAUAGAUUGUUCAAUUUUCAGGUGGAAGAAGAAUAUUCAGAUAUAUAAACUUUUUUCUAAAAGAAUCUUAAGGACAUUUAUAUUAAGUGUUUACGCUUAAACAGUCCCAAUUAGACUGAAAGAAUGUGUAAUAAAGACCUAAAUUUUACUGUGU